GUAAUUUCGAAUUUAAUAAAAUCGCAUCUUGGAAAAUUAAAAUGCAAACAGAUCAAGUUUACUUGGUACAAGCACAAUUCGGGGGCGGCAUGGCCGGCGGGCAGGGCGGCCCGUGAUAGUUGCACGUGCGACAGCCGCCCACGAAGCAGGGCGGCACCAGCUUGGGGCAACAACACGUGCAAUUUUUGCACACCCUGCACGGCUUCCCCAGCGAUAUGUCGGCGAAAUUGAUCUUCGUCGUCGACGUGAUCUUGUGCAUCUUCUUCUGCUUCUUCGAUCGCCUGCCGCGCGAUUUCGGCAAGUCGGGAAAGGCGUACGGUAUGGCCAGUUUCUCGGGACAGGGACAGGGGCAGGGGGCGCACGGCCAACAAGGGUAGCAGGGGUUGCAGCAGGUCUGGCAGGGGUUGGGGCAGGCGCCCGGCGGGUACGGACACGACAUCGUUUCUUCUUAUUUACUUUUUUUUUUCUAAGUUUUUCUAAGUUUUUUUUUUGGUUUAUUUUUGUUAAUUGAUGCGAUUCAUUAGAAAUGUACGGUUGGAUUUUUUUGUGUGACAGGAAAUGUCGAGAGAAACAAUACAAGGGAAGUGGUUUAUUUAUAAUAGAAGGCCUUGGAUUUUAUGUAAAUGUUUUUGACAUAAAUACUGUCAAAAGUAUAGAGAAAGUAAGAAGAAGUGCGAAUAAAUAAAGGUAGAAAGAAUCAUAUUUGAUUAAUAAAUAUAUGCGAAAGAUUUAUUCGCUGCGGAAGAGAUCCAUAAAAAUAACAACGAACAAAAUUUACCAAAAGUUGCUUUAUUCCUUUUGCUAUCAUCAACCAGAAUGAAAUCGCAAAUAUAUAGAUAUUAAUUAAAAUAGUAAAAAUCCAAAAAACAGCGAUUUUAUUACUUCCUUUAUCUUCAAAUAUACCGUAAUAUUAUGUAUAUAUCCGUCAACCAAAAACUUAAAUAGUACCCAAAAAUUGGCAACCGGAACAUAAGCUUUUAGCCUGCGAUUGCUUCCCGCAUUCGUUACAACUCUUCACCGUAUUCUUAACCGGCGGACAGGGCUUCAUCGCAUCGGUGCUCCUGCAACAAGCAUAACACACCGGCCCCUUCCUCUGCCCGGGCCCCGUCAACGUGGCAUCCACGAAAUUCUGCUGAGGUAUCGAAUAAUCGUACUUAACCGGCUCCGGCGCCGCCUUCUUCCGAUGCCCGCACUUCUCGCACCGCUCCACCUCCGGCUGCAUCUGGCUCGCCUUGCACGAGGGAUCGCAAUAGCUGCACCCCGGAGGCGGCGACGCCGGCGGACACGCCGGAGGCGGCGGCGAGCAACAGCAAGGUUUAGACGGCGGUGGAGGACACGCCGGCGGUGGCGGACAAGCCGGAGGCGGUGGAGAGCAACAGCAGGAGCUAGGCGGUGGAGGACAAGCCGGAGGCGGCGGGCAGCAGGAGUAGCAGGGCGGCGGGCUGCAGGGCUGGCAGCCGCGACACCGGCACAUGGUGCAGCACUGGCCGGCGCCCUCGCACCAGUCCUGGUCGGUCUUGAGGCCCAUGCAUAUGCAGCAUUUGCAGCACUUGCACGGGUUCACGUAGGGCUCCUCCUCCGGCUCGUCGACUUCGAUCGCCUUCGAUGGGGGCUUGCGACGGCGCUUCUUCUUCUUUUUGGGGCGCUUCGGACAGUCGGGGAAGCAGUAGGGGAUGGCGAGCUUCUCCGGCGGCGGACAGGGGCAUGGUGCGCACGGCCAACAUGGGAAACAGAACGGUGACGGGGAACAGAGAUCACCACAGGGAAAGCAUGGCGGCGAAUAGCAACUCAUGGGACAUUAUAUAAACACUUGGGAUUUCUUGAUGUGAAUUUUAUACGGUAAAUGAGAUGCCAACGGUAAACUGACAGGAAUUUUUUUUUUGAUGGGGCGUUGAGUGAUAUGUUGCGUCCUAAAUCAUAGUUGGCUGUGUUAUACAGCAUGGAAUUAUUUUAAAUUCGUCCUACAUAUACAGUGUGUUAGAAGAUUAAAAGUGUUUAAUCACCUGCUCGAUCACCAGACUUGAAUCAUCUAGAUUACACUCAGAUGCAAAUACGCAAUAGGGUGUCAUAAGUGCAUCAACUUCCAUUAGUUUCGUAUGAAAGAAAAGUAAAGAAUGAUAUUACGAAGCAAUUCCAACAUUCCCACUAUGUUAUUUUAAUACUCUUCGUUUCUUCAACUCAUAGAAUAUUUACAUUUACACAUUUUCAACGUACCCUCCACACGACACAUCCUGUAUAUAAACCUCAUCGCCCCGUCAACAACUGACAACUCCCGCAUCAAAACCCUACAAAUCCUUAGCAUGCAAUAGCGCCAUUUUUGACAAACAUUUCCGUUCCCCGUGCACUCCGUUAACACAUCCAUCGCGACCAUGAAAUAAUGUGGGACGAUUUCCUCGACCGUACCAACCAACCAUGCGACCAUUCGAACCGCCCCGCAACCUCCCAUAAGCACCACAAAACCGACAUAUACUCCGUGGAGUCGCUGUUCUACAUACCGAAGGCCAUCCUCUCCGAUUUGGGCAUGAAGGAGAAGAUCCAUCCGAAAGCGGGGGCGGCGAAGCCGCCCCCGAAGCGCUGCGUACCAGUCCCGAUCUACUACAGAAUCGACGGGCAAUUCGCCGAGCGAAAAGAGCGCCAGGUGAGCGCCCCCGCCUGCAGGAGGAUCAAGAGCUGCAGGUGCGAUCCGAAGGGCGAGAGGCUCAGCGAUACUGACAAGCUCUGCAGGACUUUAGAGAAGCUCAUACCCGGCUCGCCGCAGCUCGUCGAGAACACGCUCAAUUCCCUGUCGCAGAAACUCGAGCAACAGAAGGAGAUCGAAGCGGUGCCGGCGAAGAAGGUGGUGCUGCCGCCUCCGAUACUGAAAUUGGCGAAUCGGGCGGUGAUCGGCGAGCGGCGGGAGCAGGCCAAAGGCUUGGCCGAAGGGAAGGAUAUUUUGAAAUUGCGGAAACCCUGCGAUGCGAACGUUUGCGGCAGGAAAUGGCCGGCGGUGAAGCCGAGGAAAAGGGGGAAUUUUUGGAGGACCGUUUGGGUAAAUAUGCUGCUCCACAAAAGUUAA